CUCAGUCUGCUUGCCUGGGGUAGUAUAAUCAUUUUAAAGCAAGUCUGAAGCACCUAUGCUGGAUUUUUGUGAGAUUUUCUGCUACAACAUGAAACAUACUGAAGAUACUAUUAAAUAAAUGUUCUUUUUUACCACAGUACUUGCGUUGUAUGUUUUUUUAACAUUAAUAUUUGCAAUAAAUGAAGGAAUAUAAUAAUUCAUAAAAGUUGUGCAUGGGACUACAUAUUAUAAUAAUUAUUGAAUGCAACAAGAAAAUAUAUGAUGCAUGGAAGUUAUGAUUUUAAUCGUGAAUUUUUUUAACACUGCAAAUUAAUUUAGAGGUGAAAACCAAAGAGAUUUUGCUACAAACAGUUAAUAAAUAUUUAUUUAUUAAUAAAAAACAGAGGCAAAACCUGAAUGUUUAACUAUUGAUGUGGAAAAGAGAGAUUUGGUGAGGUUAAGAGGUAAAGUUGUUUUAUUUGAAGAAAAAAAUAAACAGAACAGUCUUGGAUUUGAUAAUCUUUCUUACAAGAGAUUAGGAUUGAUGAAAAAUUGGAUUAAACAAAAUGAUCAAAGAGAGCGACCAGCCUUACGUGUUAUGUGAAAACAUUAAUGGAUUUUAUUAACAGUGCCUUGUCAAUCUCUUAAGCUGUUUAAAAGAACAAAAUACGAACACUUAUAUAUGUAAGAAACAACAUAUUUGAUUGAUUUUGACAGUGAGUUAUAUAUGAAGAGAAUUAAUAACAUUUGAAAAAAAGGCUGAUAUUUGGGAUAUUAAUAAAGAUAAUACAGCUCUGUGAUAAAGUGAUGAUAGGGGUUCCAAUGAUGUUAAUCCACACAGUUUCCCUGAGUUGGCUGAUGGUUGCUGUGCUUGGACAUUCAGGUUACCAUGACCACCACAAUAGAGACCAGCCCAGCAACGGAACUAGCAACAAGCCUAGCAACCAGGAUGACCUUGGCAAAGGUCAUCAUAGAAAUGCCCAGAAAUCAGAACCUGAUUCCUACUCCAUCGUGUACCCAGAAGUUAUUGACCACACUGCUGGCAUUCUGGUGAAUGAUGUCAAAAGCUAUGUCGGGCGCCGUAAACGAACGCUUGGCCAAGAAAACAAACCCCUCGAGAUCAGUAUCAGUGGAAGCGGUGAAAUGUUCGACCUUGAACUUUGGGAGAAUGACAAUCUUUUUUCCCCGGGUUUCAAAAUUUACCAUCGACAGACGUUGAAACAAGCACAGACAGAAAAGGAGAUUCCCCAUGAAGACGUUUUGGGUUGCCACUUUACAGGGCAUCUGAAAGGCGAGGCAAAAAAUCCAGCCUCUAUCUCGAUCUGUAAUGGACUGAAUGGCAUCAUUCGAGCAGGCGGUGAUGACUAUUUGAUUGAGCCAGUGAAGGAAGCUACAGUUCAUGGGUCGGCAGGAUUUAUCGGACAGCCCCACAAGCUCUACAAACGCUCACUGGUCGACUCACACAACCAACGGCGGUACGAGGCACAGAAAUCAGGUCAGCAAGAAAUCAUAGUGGAAAAGAAUGGUGCUGAUGGGGAUGAUGAUGAAUAUGAUAUUGAGGAACAGAGUAAGGUCCUUAUUAAUGACCUUGGCUAUAACGACCUUGAGAAAAACUUUCACUCUGUCGAGAAGCGGUCGGUGACGUCGCUGGAGAAGAGAUCUGCGUAUAAAUACCGGUUCUUAAAGGAGAUGAAUAUGCCGAAAACCGUGGAGGUGCUCGUUGUGGUCGACAAGAACAUGUACCAUAACCAUGGCGACGCCAACAUCACAACAUAUACACUCACUCUCUUUAACAUGUUGUCGCAGCUGUUCAAGGAUGGGUCACUGGGGAACAAGAUCAAUGUGGUGCUGGUUGGGCUCAUACUACUGGAGGGAGAUGAGCGAGGGUUGAAUAUAGACUACAAUGCCGACGACACAUUGAACAGUUUCUGCCAGUGGCAGUCCGUGCUGGUGGGAGCAAAUGGACGUCAGCACGAUCAUGCAAUACUUCUGACUGGCCUUGAUCUAUGCUCAUAUAAGAACUCGCCUUGUGACACUUUGGGUUUUGCGCCAAUGGAGGGUAUGUGUAACAGGGUUCGGAGCUGUACAGUCAAUGAGGAUACUGGACUGUCAACGGCCUUCACCAUCGCACACGAAGUCGGCCAUAAUUUUGGAAUGUUCCAUGAUGGGGAAGGCAACUACUGUACUGAGUCUGCUGGGAAAAUCAUGUCACCCACCCUAAUGGGGAAAGAUGGACAGUUCCAUUGGUCCGUCUGCAGCAAGGCCUACCUCAUGAGAUUCCUCAACACGCCCCAGUCAGACUGUCUUGACGAUGAACCAAAGCAAGUUGCUGAGCUCAAGUUUCCGGACAAACUUCCUGGCGAGCUCUACAAUGCCGACAUACAGUGCAAAUGGCAGUUUGGUAGCAAGGCCCGUCUCUGUACAUACGACUUUGGAAAGGAUAUCUGUAAGGCAUUGUGGUGUUACCGCGGCAACAAGCGAUGUGAAACCAAGUUCCUUCCUGCAGCUGAGGGCACGUCUUGUGGUACGGGAAAGUGGUGUCGCAUGGGCAAGUGUGUAGACUAUGGUAACGAGGGUCCGAGGCCGAUACACGGAGAGUGGUCCACAUGGUCUGAAUGGUCAGAAUGUUCUCGCUCGUGUGGCGGGGGUGUCAUUACACGGGAAAGAGAGUGCUCCAGACCGCUACCUCAGUACGGGGGUAAGUCAUGUGACGGCGACGACAAGGUUUACAAGCUGUGUAACGUGCAAGACUGCCCAGCAGAGAGUGAAGAUUUCCAUGCAGUACAGUGUUCCACCUAUGACAAACAGCCAUUCAGAGGGUGGUACCUUCAGUGGAAACCUCAGAGACGCCACAAUGAUGUGAAUGAGCCGUGCAAGCUGUACUGUGUAGCAGACACGUCAAACUACGUGUUUACGAUCAAGCACACAGCCACUGACGGGAUGAAGUGUGCCUCGGAUGAUGAGCAGAUUUGUGUACAUGGGGAAUGCAGGCAUGUUGGUUGUGACUGGGUGAUCGGUUCUCAGCUGAAGUCUGACAUGUGUGGGGUGUGUGACGGGGAUAACUCGACGUGUCAGCUCAUACAGGGGGAGUACCUGGAACAGCCUAAACUGAACACUUACUUCCCUGUAACCAUACUUCCCAAGUCGGCCAGAUCAAUCCGCAUACGUGAGAAGUCCCUCUCGUCCAACUACCUGGCUAUGCGGAACAUCUUUGGGAAGUAUUUCCUGAACGGACAUCAGCGGGUCGCCUGGCCGGGGACGUACACACUGGGUGGGGCAAAGUUCCAUUACAGUCGACCUUACAAUGAGCCUGAGACGUUAGAAGCUGACGGACCAUUGGAGGAGGAACUUGUAUUAGAGAUCUUGGUACAAGAUCACAACCCCGGUAUCCAGUAUGAAUACACGCUGCCAAAGCUCGCUGAGGUUGGAAGUGUAACCGAAUCACUGCACAACUACACAUGGUCCCUCUCUGUGUCAUCUUGUUCCGAGCAGUGUGGCGAAGGUGAGAAAUCGGUAACUGCAAUCUGCCUGAAGGACUUUGAGGUGGAGGUGGACCCUGAUAGCUGUCAAGAAUCUGAGAAACCAGAGACCGGGGUAUUUCCAUGUAACGCUCUGCCGUGCAAACCGAGAUGGGUAACAGAAAGUUGGUCAACGUGUAGCAAAGUAUGCGGUGGGGGGAAACAGAAACGGAGAGUCAGGUGUCGCCAGCGUGUUUCAAAGACAAAGGACAAGAAGUUGAAAAACAAAAACUGUCGGAAUCUGCCUCGGCCAAUCACAAAACAGCGAUGUAAUGAGCAAGAAUGUCCCCCGACUUGGCGGGCUGGAAAAUGGUCAAAGUGUUCGGUGAGCUGCGGAGAAGGCAUGCAGGUCCGUAAGGUACGCUGUCGAAGCAAGGGGAGGAAACAACUGCCAGCCAUCAUGUGUCAGGGCCCGCCCCCUAACAACACCAAAUCAUGUGACAUGGGGGAGUGUCCAGCCUCACAGAAGAAACCACGCCUCCUGGAAAGGCCCUGCAUAGGUGGCGACUGUGGAUACAGGUGGAUAGUGAGCGAAUGGACACGGUGUUCUGCGGAGUGUGGCGGUGGUCAACAGAAGCGUCAGGUUUGGUGCGAGAAUGACAGUCAUGACCAGGUGAAGAAUCGCCACUGUCGGGACAUGGAGAAACCAGAGAGACGGCAGGAGUGUAACGAGAAUAGCUGUCCCGCGGCAUGGCAGACCGGGGGCUGGACGGAGUGCUCUCUAACCUGUGGGCUUGGCUACCAGCAAAGACAAAUCUCGUGUCGUAGUAACUCAACAGAAACCUCUGAAAUCCUCGAGGACAGUCAAUGUCCACAGCCCCCACCCACCUCUCGCAGCACAUGUAAUCUGGGGCCAUGUGAGGUCAUGGAGGAAUAUGACUGGUUGUUGUCGCCAUGGGGACCGUGUUCGCAAUCCUGCGGUCCCGGAUAUAAGUCCCGACACCUGCGAUGUUCGCACGUCAACCACCAUCAUCACCAUAGCGUUGUCAAUGACAACUACUGCCGAAACAUUCCGAAACCAAGUACACCUAUGGUGGAGUCGUGCAAGGUCACAGAAUGUUCGCCUGAACGACGACACCGUCAUGGACCGUAUGGUUACCAGGAAACAUUCUGGUGGAAUGUGACAAAAUGGUCGCAGUGUUCGGUGACGUGCGGUGAGGGGGUCCAGUCCCGGAUCAUCUCGUGUGUAAACAUGCUGGGUCAACCGUCGGAAAGUUGUGAUGUCUCAACACGGCCCGUGGCUACACAGACGUGUAACAGUGGGGAGUGCUUACCAACACCCUUAGGUCAGAAAGCAUGCAUAGACCACUACUCGUGGUGUCACCUUGUUCCCCACCACCAAGUGUGCAAUAACGAACUCUACAGCGAAAAAUGCUGCAAGUCAUGCUCCAUCUUUCUCUAGUACAAGGGGAACAACUCCAUUCAACAUUUUUAUCAUCAGUGGGAAGCAACUCCAAGAUCUUAUUUUAGCUUCUAGCACCAUGUUUGUGAAAAUAGAGCAGAAGCACCGUUACUGUUAAAAUGGUUCAGUAGUGCAGUAGCACUAACUGUGAAAAAUGUGCUGAUACUUGCUAGAACAAAGAACAAUGGACCAUGUGAUGUUUCUAUCUAAAGAGACAGGUCCAAAACAUGCCUCAAAGAAGCAAGUAUGACUUUAAACUUUAAAAAGACAUACAAAUCAAUUACACUUGAGUUAAAAGGUUUCUGGCUUAGCUAUGUGUUUCAUCACCUGAUUUAGUGGUGUGUAGCCUAAGCUGCUAUUGAAGCCAGAGUUACCCCCCUUGUUCACAAAUAUGCCAAUGACACUGAAAGUGCAAUCUGAAGGCAAACUUAUACUCUAAUAUCUACUGGUAGAUAUGGUUGUGAGCUAGUUUGAUACUAAGCUUGAACUGAAAAUGACUAGACUGUGACUUACUUACAUGUGAUGAAAAUUCAAACAUUGAAAGUUGUAUGGGUAGGAUUUUACACAUGCGAUUUUGUGCUUAAAACGCAGCGAGAGAAUUAUGUUACAGAAACUGUUUACUAGUAUUUACUGUCUCAACUAGAAUUUUCUGAGGUGUUCUCUCUGACACCAUUGUUACAUUGUGUUGUUUUAUUAUGUAAUAUGAAACAAAACCGCACUUGAACAUGAAGAUAUGAUACAUAUAUCAAAUCUAACUAGUGAUAAACUGGUUAUAACUGUUAGCUCAUGCUGUUUGAUUGUUAUAAUAUAUGCAUUUAUAAGAUAGUUUCAUAGGUAUAGUCGUUAGUGUAGUUCUAAGUUUAAUAUUAUAGAUUUAAUAUAUUCUUUUGGCCAGUCAACAUUUAAGCAAAAAUUGAUUGAUGUGUUGUAUUUUUCUUCUCUGUAAUUUAAGCAAUGAAAUAGAUGAUAUAUGAAUAGAUUAUAGGGAUAAGGCUAUGAUUACAAAUACUUUGUUUGUCUUAACUGAGCCCACAGUUCAAAAAAAAUCAUUUUUUUUAAAAUAAUAAUAUGACCAGCAUAGAGGCUAAGAGAACGUUCUGGUCAGAGGUAUUUCUUUGAUAUGAUUGGCUUAGGCCAAACAAACUAUUUAUUAAUGGUGGCUUUACAUAUAAAUUAUUGCUGCAUUGUGAAGUUGAUAUAAAUGAUUACCUCCCUUUUCACUAGAUUAUUUGCAAACAUGAUUGCAAAGAGCCCUAAUAUAAGUACAUGUAUUUCGCUCCUUGAAAAUUGUUGAAUGAGCUUAUAGUUCAGUUUGUCAUACAAAGUGUUUUUGCCCAAUUUUCUAUGUGUUUAAUGAUGAUGGUUGUUGACACUUCAAUGCCGUGGUGUAUUGUUUAUUUGUAUAUAAAUGUUAUCUGUUAUUUUUGUGAAUAUUGAUUAUUGUUGUUUACUGUACUGUACAUUUUUGUCUGAUAACACAUUUCUAACGAACAAAUAUGACAACAGAUAUUUUGAAGUUCUUUAUCUGUAGCUGUGAAUCGCUAUUGGGUCUAGGUUUGUGCGAUAAUCUCUAAAAACAAUUAAUAACUAAUUAGUACUAAUAACGAGGGGUUAAUUCACAUGCUUACAGCAUGUCAGCAGGUUUGACAAAGUCUUUUUUUAAGACCUUUGAUGGUAAUUAACAUACAUAUAUUCCAGUAUCUUUAAAAACUAACUAUAAUAACAAAUGUAAAUACCAACGAGGCCAGGCCAGUUUAAAUGCAACUCAAGUUAUAUUGCAGACAAUAUCAAAUUAUUUUUCAAAACGAUUAGUUAAAUUUUAGUCUGUAGUAGUUUUCAUAGUCUUUUUUCAUACCGGGUUUUUCCCUAUUUACUUUAUAAUCUUAUCAUAACAAAUCUUUUUCAGUUCGAAUUGUAUUAAUAUCAGAGAUCAAAAUCUUUGGAAAAUGUCCAUUUUUAGUACAUUGAAUGCUCCACCCAAUUUAGCAACUUGAGUUAAAUGUCCCUUUAUUUUUUGGAUUAAAAUCAACACGACUGGAUUCAUUUAUUGGGCAAUUUAAUAAAUAUAUUUUACCGUAGUUAAAUAUAAGCAUUUGCUCCCAUUCCCUUCCACUUGAUUUUAAAACAUGAGCUAUAACAUCUUCAUUGAUUGGCCUAGUCUAGUGACAGAUGACGGCAUGUAUCAGCUGUUGUGUCUCCAUGGUUGAAGGGUCCCCAAGUUGUUUCGACUUCUGUCUCAGGCAGUGUCAUAAUGCAUUUCCAUAAUGUUACCAUACAUGUCCCAAUGGAACUGCAGGGUACAUGUUGUUUAACCAUUGCAUGUUAAUUUUGAACCAAACAUUUGUUGUUUACACUAUCAGUGUUAUUUUGCCUACAGUUGUGCACUAGGGUACCAGCUUAUAUCAAAGACAUCAGCAGGUGCCCUGUCAACAAAAUGGCAGCCAAUAUGAUGUUUAUUACAAGAUAAUAAGCUGAUUUUUUGUAUACAUUUUGAGUCCUGUUAACAAUUGUUAAUGACGAACAAUUGGACAAAACACCCACAAAUUGACUACCCUGUGUGUCUAUUAGGGCAUGCACGUCUAAAAGGACAUAUACGGCAAAUGCAAUACUGUUAUAGAUUCUUUAAUCUUGUCUAAGAAUGUCUUAGGAGUCAAGACACUAUUGUGUCUAGCCCAUUUCUGAUUGUUCUUCAAAUAGUUCUUGCAUGCAUUGGUAGGAGAUUCACAGACGGCAUUGUUGCAGUGUUUGUCGACCUAAACAAUGUAAAUUCUAUGGCUGCACUGUGUGUUGCCAACUAUUUUGCAAUACGAUUAUUAUUUAUGCAUGCUGUUGGGUAUUCCCAGUGCAUAUUAUUUUGCGCAGCAUUUUCUUUUAAAUUGUGCACCUGGCUUAGAGAAUUAAUUUGUAAAAAAAUGCAAUUGUUACGUUUAAUAUUAGCAUAAAAUGCCGAAGUUAAUGUUUGGUCUUUGACUUUAUACUGGAUUGCUAUUCUUUUGUAGUAAAACAUCAAUAUUGGGCCGAUUGUUUACAACUGAUUAAUGUGAACAUGAUUAACGACAUUGUUGUUAACAUUUAAACAUCAAAUAGUAAGUGAUGUGCUCAAAUAUUUAAAUAAAACAAACUGAAGCUGAAACACCUGUCGUAAAGCUUGUUAAGAAAUUCUGCAAAUUACAAGUGUUAAAUUAAACUUUCAGAGAAGUACAAAUUUGAAAGUUAACAAAAAUGGCGUUAACAGCAUUUUUAACUUUAAAACAGUUCUGAACAAUUGGUCUAUUGUUUGUUAUGUCUUAAAUUUAGUUAACAUUCCUCUGGUUUUGAAUAGUGCUGUUCCAUCUGAUUCAAAUUUUGUACGUUCUGUAUACUUUUACAGUUUCUGUUAGCAGUACUGUACUAUAAACUUAUCAGUCCAAUAUAUAUUUAUUGCAAGUCUGGGAAUAUGGUCAGUUAUGUUCUAAUUGUAUUUUUUGUAGAAAGAAAUGCUUGGUUUAUAACAAAAAAUCAAUUGGUAAUUACCUAAAUUAUGAUUUCAUUUGGAAUGUCCAUUCUACAAAUGGGCCACAAGUUAAGAUGGAUCUUCAAUAUUGUUUUUAAUUGUCCUACCUGAUUUCUACAGUUUUCUAGUUAGGGGUUUUCUUAUAGUUUUCAGUAAAACUGGUUAAAAUAUUCAUCUUAACGAUAAUAAUAAACUCAUAUGUAACAAGUCCCAUUACCAAAUUUAAGGAUAGCUUAUACACCGAGUGAAAAAAGGGUAAAAACAGUCAGGUAAAAGCAAAUUUCAUUUCCAAAAUUUGAAUAUCAAGGUCUUUCUGAAAUCAGCUUGAAGUUUACUUGGAAAAAAAUGUCAAAAACUUAAUACGAUCUGUAGAAGGUGGCAAUAAUUUUGAUCAUUUUCUAUUCAACAACCAGAUACUAUCUUCUGUAAAAUUUGGUAAUUUGGGUUAUUGCCCCUUUUUAA